AUGUCGAGAACGCCUCUAUUUCUAAACUUUGCUGGAGAUUCAAGCCGCAACCGUCAAAUGUCUUGGUUACUGGCAAGUUCAUCAAGGAGAAAGGAGAGAAGAUGGCCUUUAGUACUUAGGUUCUGGAAAGGAAGUAUCCAUAGUGAGGUUAUCUGGCCUGUUGCCAUUCUUUCUGCUAUUGCUGCUAUAGUCGUAUACUUGAACCAACAUAUCAGCAGCGAUGUUACGCUUCCAACCAGUAUCGUUCCCUCACUAUCCAUUGUCGUUGGUCUAGAACUCGUGUUUCGGAAUCAAACAGCGUAUGCCAGGUUUUGGUCGGGCCGUUCUCACUUUGCAACCCUCACAACCUCAAUUCGCUGUCUCACGCGGCACCUCCUUGUACUUGUUCCUGCUCCCGCUCCUCCCGAUCAUCAAUACGAUUCAUCAUUCACACAGAAUGAAGGCAGUACGGAUAGCUCAGCAUAUAAAGACUUUGAUGGCGGAGUAGACGUAGCCCGGCAGCCAAUUUCCAAAGCGCUUGAGGCAAAGACAAUCGAAACAGUCAGGAUUAUGAUAGCGAUGUUGUAUACGGUUAAAAACCACUUGAGAGCAGAUUGGGGCGUGGAACUUAGUUCAGGAACUAUGAUGACUGAAGAAGGUGAUUUUUCCUGGCCAGCGGAAUAUAAGGAUCUGCUGCCACAAGGCUUUAAAGGUCAUGAGCAUAUGGGAUUGGGUCUUACACUUCAGUUGAGUACCUACGUUGAGAAAUUCGUCAACACUGGUUGCAACUUGAAUUGGUUCAACAAUAGUGCCUCGGCUCAGAUGCUCGCCAAACUCAACGAACUCGUCGCAGCCUACGGCAACAUGGAAGUGAUUAGACUUGCACCCACUCCCGUUGCGCACUUAAUCCAUAGCAAACAGACCUUAGCCUUGUUCUGUAGUAUAUUACCCUUUGCUAUGGCUGCAGAGAUUGGAUGGUGGACAGUUCCCCUCGUCGCAUUCGUAGCUUUCGCCCUUUACGGAAUUGAAGGAAUCGCCCAAUGGCACGAAGAUCCCUUCGGAACAGACAAGAUUGACAUCAAUAUGGAUGACCUUGUCGAAGACGCUAGAAGAGAGAUCGAAGUAAUGUUGGAAGCAUGGAAAACCCAGGGACUAGGCGGAAAUGGAAUUUUCACGCCUAAGUUGAGUACACCAUUUACACCACGAGCUGAAUAUGGUACUCUGGGCUGA